ACUGAACAGUGUUUCCGGCUCUUCUCAGUUGCGGACGCUCGUAAGUGCUCGGCAGUUUCCGGGGAGACUCGGGGACGCCGCUUUUCGCUUCCUCGGCUCUGAUCCCCAGUUCGGCGGGCAGGGUCCAGGGCUAGUCAUGGCGUCCCCGUCUCGCAGACUGCAGACUAAACCAGUCAUCACUUGUUUGAAGAGCGUCCUUCUGAUCUACACUUUCAUAUUCUGGAUCACUGGUGUUAUCCUUCUUGCCGUUGGCAUUUGGGGCAAGGUGAGCCUGGAGAAUUAUUUCUCCCUUUUAAAUGAGAAGGCCACCAAUGUUCCCUUCGUGCUCAUCGGCACUGGCACUGUCAUCAUUCUUUUGGGCACCUUUGGCUGUUUUGCUACCUGCCGAGCUUCUGCGUGGAUGCUAAAACUGUAUGCAAUGUUUCUGACUCUCAUUUUUUUGGUUGAACUGGUCGCUGCCAUUGUUGGAUUUGUUUUCAGACAUGAGAUUAAGGACAGCUUUAAGAAUAAUUAUGAGAAAGCUUUAAAGCAGUAUAAUGCUACGGGAGAUUAUAGAAGCAAUGCAGUAGACAAGAUUCAAAGUACGUUACAUUGUUGUGGUGCCACAGACUUUAGAGAUUGGAAGGAUACUAAUUAUUACAUAGAAAAAGGAUUUCCCAAGAGCUGCUGUAAAGUUGAAGAUUGUUCUCCUCAGAGGGAUGCUGAUAAAGUAAACAAUGAAGGUUGUUUUAUAAAGGUGAUGACCAUUAUAGAAUCAGAAAUGGGAGUUGUUGCUGGAAUUUCCUUUGGAGUUGCUUGUUUCCAGCUGAUUGGAAUCUUUCUCGCCUACUGCCUCUCUCGCGCUAUAACAAACAACCAGUAUGAGAUAGUGUAACCAACAUUACAUAUGCUUACUCCUUUCCAUCUUUAAGGAUAUUUACAUUACCCUCUGUGAGCUACUAGAUUGCCUGGUUUGGAAAACUGCCCCAUAUUACCCAUUGACCGAAAAGCUAUACCAAUAGUCUGAUUCAAUUUAGACAUUUGUCCAGUAUUGUAUAAGUCCACCUUUUGUCCCUAUCAUCAUGUAAGAUCAUUGAAACUUUCUUCUCUCUAUGAAACACUGGAAGAGCUAGUAAAUUGUAAAUGAAACAAUGUUUGCUUGUUCCUCCUGAUUAUUGUUUUUCUUAAUGUAGGGCUUUGAAAGGCACUGUGGAUUUUCUGUUUUGAUGUACUGUUAUAAAAUGAGAAAUUGACCCCUUUGAACUGGCCCCUUCUGAGCCAAGGUUUAUGUGAUUUGAUUGCAUAAUUUGCAUCAAUAAGGUAAAAUGUUUUCAUUAGUCUCUCUCUGUUCUGAUAGGCAUUGUGUAAUUUAAUUCCAGCCACGAGUUGGAUGGCACCCAUCAGAGUUGCCAGAUGGUGGUAACAGUCUCUGACCUAAGGUACCCAAGACUAAAGGGCACUACCAUUUCUGUGACACAUCAGAUAGCAGCACACUUAUACUUUACAUUUCUUUGCCUCCAAGUUCAGGUGUUUAUAUUUCCUCCAUCACUUGAAAGGUUCUAAUUAAUGGUGUUAGAAUUAGUGUGUUUUCCUGAGAAAUUUAAAGCAACUCAUCUUCAUUAGCUUUAGCUGGUAUUAUCUUACCAGAUUGAUAUGACUUAAUUAUCAAUAUCAUGGUCAACUUUAAUAAUCUUCGUUUUGGUUUAUGCCUUUGAUUCAUAAAUAUGACUUUUA